AUGGAUUUCAACCCCAGGAUGAGCACCGUCCGCGGAUCCACAAACCACAAACAGUCGCAUAAGCAACAGGAGGAAGAUGCGUUCAUGAACCUUCCUGACAAAGAGAUCGCAUCAUGCAUCAGCGACAUCGGCCUCAACUUCACCCUCGCCGACCUCCAAAAGCCCAACCCACAACAGAUCCAGAAGGUCUUCGAAUGGUUCGCUGAGCUGCUCAUGAACACGACACGAGACGUCGUCGCACCGGCGAUGCGUGCAGCAGCAGAUGAUAUAGCCGGCCAGAACGCCGACGGAGUAUUCACAAGCGACACGCGCGAUCUGAUGGGAUUCUUCGUGCAGUUGCGCCGCUUGCUGCAAGAAUGCCAGAUCAACGACUUCACCUUCAACGACCUUUACAAACCGACGUACCCCCGCCUCGUCAAGAUCUUCAGCUAUAUCAUCAACUUCAUCCGGUUCCGCGAGUCGCACACUGAGACCAUCGAUGCGCACUUCAAUAAGUCCGAGCGCACGAAGCUGCGCAUCGAGCAGCUCUACUCCGACAACGCCGCCGCCGAAGCCCACCUGAUCUCCCUCCAACGCCACCGCGAAGCUACCGACGCCUCCUUGCGCGAGAAGGAGAAGCGCUCCAACGAGCUCAAGCAACGUCUGCUCGACCUCAAGAAAGGCCAGGAGCGCGUGUCCGAGCAGCUUGGCCUCAUCCGCGCGGAGCAGAGCCGACUGAAAAAUCUACUCGAGCAGAAGACCGAGUCGGCGAUGGCGCUGCGGCAGGAGGCGACGAAGCUGCGGCCGUAUACCACGCAGAGCCCAGCGGCGUUGGAGACAUCGCUGCGGGAGCUGAACGCGACGUUGGCGGGCGACAAAGCGAGCGUGGAGGCGCUGGACCGGCGCGCACGUGCAUUGCAGACGUCGGCGAACUCGUUCACGCAGGUGACGACGAGCGUGGUGGACACCUCCCGGCUGCUCAGCGAAGUGUCGGCGGACCUCGCGAAGGAAGACGAGGAAGGGAUGAAAGCGACACGACAUCGGGAGGCGCUGUCGGAGCGGUCGAACAACGUGCGGGAAGUGGAGAAGCAGGAGCAGCUGCUGCGGAAGCAGUUGGCGAGCUGGCAGGCGCGGACGGAGAAGUUGCGGCGGCAGGCGGAGGAGCGGGGGGAGCGGGCACGGGAGCGGAUGGAGGUGUUGAGGGGGGAGCAUGAGGAGUUGAAGAGGGAGAAGAGGGAGAGGGGGCAGGAGGUGGAGAGGAGGAGGGUGAGGAUCGAGCAGGUGGAGAAGAAGAUGGCCGAUCUCAAGGAGAAUAUCGAGAAUGAGGUUAACCACGCGAGGGAUGAGUAUAUGAAGAUGGAGAGCCAUAUUCGGCUCUACGUCACCGAGAUGGAACAGUCCAUCAAUUGA